AUGACUACCGAACGUGAAAGUAAGACCUUCCUCGCGAGGCUCUGCGAGCAAGCCGAGCGUUACGAUGAGAUGGUUACAUACAUGAAGGAGGUUGCCAAGUUGGGUGGAGAGCUUACCGUUGACGAGCGAAACCUCCUGUCGGUCGCCUACAAGAAUGUCGUCGGAACCAGACGUGCUUCCUGGCGCAUAAUCUCCUCGAUUGAGCAAAAGGAAGAGUCCAAGGGUACCGACAAGCACGUCUCCACCAUCCGUGACUACCGUCAGAAGAUCGAAACCGAGCUCGAGAAGGUCUGCCAGGAUGUCCUUGAUGUCCUGGACGAGUCCUUGAUCCCCAAGGCCGAGUCUGGCGAGUCCAAGGUGUUCUACCACAAGAUGAAGGGUGAUUACCACCGCUACUUGGCUGAAUUUGCUUCCGGUGAGAAGCGCAAGGUCGCUGCCACUGCUGCCCACGAGGCUUACAAGAACGCUACCGAUGUCGCUCAAACCGAGCUCACCCCAACCCACCCCAUCCGUCUUGGCCUGGCCCUCAACUUCUCCGUCUUCUACUACGAGAUCUUGAACUCCCCAGAUCGCGCAUGCCAUCUCGCCAAGCAAGCCUUCGACGAUGCCAUUGCUGAGCUCGAUUCUCUGUCUGAGGAGUCCUACCGUGACAGCACCCUCAUCAUGCAACUCCUCAGAGACAACCUCACCCUCUGGACUUCAUCGGAUAGCGGCGAGCCAGAGGCCGCACCAGCUGAGCCAGCAAAGGAGGCCGAGAAGGCUGCUGAGCCAGAGGAGACCAAGCCCGCCGAGCCAAAGACCGAUGCUGCGCCUGCCACCGAGUCCUAG